GUUUCGACGCAGAUUUGAUCACUUUGCUUCCGGCGUUGAGUAAGAACAAGUCUUUGAAACAUCUCUGGCUCGGGAAGAAUUUCAAUGUCAAAUCGCGCAACUACACCCUCAAAUUUAUGGCUUUGCCCAUGAGCGACAUUACCACGGCAUACCGCAAUGCCCCCGACCGGACGGACGAGGUUUGGCAAAAGUCCUUACAGUCCUUCUCGGUGGCCGAUUCCCGGCUGAAAACCCGCUGUAGCAUCCUGAUCAACGCUCUGGGGAGCAACACUUGCCUGACCAAAGUCGACCUCAGCGGGAACAACAUGGAGGACCUCGGGGCCAAGAUGUUGUCCAAGGCUCUGCAGAUCAACAGCACGUUGAGAAGCAUUUCCUGGGACAAGAAUGGGACCACUGCCCAAGGCUUCCAGGACAUCGCCCGGGCUUUGGAGAA